AUGCCUGCCUCGGGCGACCGUUCCACCUCCUCCAGCGCCGGCCCCAGCUCGUUGGCGCAAGGCACGCAACCCCGGCGAAGCCAGCAAGCAACCGAGAACCAGCCGGACUCCGCCGCACCUGCUCCCGACCGUGGCCUCCCUGCCCCGGGCCAAGGCGACGCAAUUCCGACGUUGGACGUCAGCGGGGCCGGUACUACCGUCAAGCUCGACGCCCUCGGCCCCUUGGUCGUCAACCAGGACGGCACCAUGUCCAGAAUCUCCAACUGGCCCGAGAUGAGCGACGUCGAAAAGGAAAACACGCUUCGGGUCCUCGGCAAGCGAAACCAAGCCCGUCUCGCCGCUCUGAGGCAACGGUCGCACGGCACGUCGGUCGAAGGAGAAUCAAACGGUCAAUAA